AUGACCAAUGUCUCUGGUGCUGGUGGUGAUUUGUCUUCGAUCAGCAGUGGUUGCGAUUGCGAUGAACGAUUGUCUCAUCUCAGCGUCACUGUCCCAGGGACUACCCACUACAGCUUUGAAAAAACGUUGGAUAAAUUCAAUGUGUCGCUGUGCACAAAACUCGAUGCUUAA